GCCAACCAGCGAUGCUGGUACGGGCGUCGUUGGAGAGACGUCCAAGCCAUCCGCGCCAACUCAUCAUACGCCAGUAAAGUCGGCAGGUGCACACGGUCAGCAAAGUACUUCCACGCCUAUUCGUGACGAACAAAUCACAAACAGCGAGAUUCCCAUGAAACGCGAGCCUUCGAAUUUCAUAGACUUGAUGUCACCGACCGGUAGCAUCACAAUCGGAGAAAGCGAUCCCGGAGAAGCCGCCGGAGGAAAUUCUCAGGUGGAUGAUAAUCUUCUUUCGCCUGCCAUCUCGCUGGUCAAUUUGAACUCCUUGCAGAAUCUUCUGGAAGAACAAAAAGCAAUCGUUCAUCACACGGGGGCGCUACCAAAACUAGCAAGGAAUGCUCUACUGCCGUACGGUCAGUGGCAAAGGGAUACAGCUCUUCGACGCAAGACAAACGAGCUGGAGCAGCGUCACCAAAGCGAAAUUGACACACGACGGAGGCGGGAACUGGAUCUGGUAGACGAAAUCAAACGUCUACAACUUCAGAAAGAUUCUGACAUCGAGAAGUUUCGGAAGCACGAAGCUGAUACGCAAAAGAGGCUGCAGGAAUUCUCAGACCGACAGACAGCUCUGGAAUUACGCCGGCACGAGGAAUUGCAGCAACGCGACACGGAGAUACGCCGACUGAAGGAUGCAGAAAGGCGACUAACGGAUCAACUCAACCUGUUCAGCCAGAAACGCGAGCGGGACGGUGCUAUAGAAGUGAACAACGUGCCUGCACAUAUGGAGCAACAGCAGCCAGAGAGAACGAACCAGCCAAGAGGUCCUAUUGGAACUAAAGGGUUUGUAAUUGAUCCGUCCCCGGUAAGUGCCGCCCCACUUUACCCAACCAAAACGAACACAUCACCGCCUCAGUAUCAAAAUUAUGAUCUUCACCCCCCAAUAUCCAUGACUUUUAAUAAAAAUCGAUCCCCCCCCUUGGACCAUAUUUUGCCCCAUCUGAUAAACCACCCAACAAUGCCUGCUACGUCGUUACCAGUGGGAAGUCCGAGGUUGCCGUUACCCGGACAUCACGAAGUAUUUUGCCCAUCGCCAGAACAACUCGCUGCCAGACAAGUUCUCUCUAAGGAAUUGCCAAGCUUCACCGGUGAUCCCAUCGACUGGCCACUCUUCUUCAGUAGCUACAGUAACUCAACAAGUGCCUGUGGAUACUCUGAUGCUGAAAAUUUGCUGCGACUUCAACGAGCUUUACAAGGACCAGCAAAGGAUGCAGUAAGCAGUUUUUUGCUACACCCAUCCACGGUUUCACAGGUGAUCUCGACUUUGCAAACCCUGUUCGGACGGCCAGAGCAAAUUGUACACAUUAUGAUCGAAAAGGUACGGGCAACUCCUCCGCCUAAGUCUGAACGUCUGGAAACCUUGAUAUCUUUCGGUUUAGUUGUUCAAAAUCUCUGUGCACAUCUGAAGGCCGUUGGAUUGGAUUGGCACUUGUCGAACCCUUCAUUAUUGCAGGAGCUGGUCGACAAACUACCGGCGAAUGUUAAAUUCAACUGGGCCUUGUAUCAACAGCAGUUGCCAGAGGUCGACCUAAAUGCGUUCAGUGAUUAUAUGGCCCGAGUCACGUCUGCCACAAGUAGCGUCACACUCUUCAGUGCUCACCAAAAAUUCGUUAAGGAAGACCGACCGAAGCUCAAGGAGAAGGCAUACAUAAAUGCCCAUUCGACCAUGGAACCAGGGGGACCCGAGUCUUCGUCAAGCAAAUCGAAACGAGAUGAAGUGAUAAAGGGAGGGAAAGCUGAGGAAGUGAAGUCAUGUCCUGCGUGUAAUGAACACGGACAUCCAGCUGGAGAGUGCGAGAAGUUCAAGGAACUCAACCUGGACGCCCGUUGGAACAUGGUGAAGGAGCACAAACUUUGUCGACGAUGUUUGAUUUCUCAUCUGCGAUGGCCGUGCAAAGGAGAAGUGUGUGGUGUAAAUGGCUGCCAGAAGCUGCAUCAUCGUUUGCUCCACUACGAUUCCAGUAUGGAUACGAAGCAGACAGAACGAAGUGCCAACGCUACGGUUACCAUUCAUCAGAGAUCUGCUGCAUCAAUACUUUUCCGGGUGCUUCCGGUAACGCUCUAUGGAAAACAUGGAAAGAUAAAUACGCUAGCUUUUCUUGACGACGGAUCUUCCGUUACCCUCAUCGAACAAACCAUAGCUAACUCUUUGGGAUUGGAUGGUCGAACAGAGUCUCUUUGUAUUCAGUGGACAAGCGGGAUCAACAAAAGGAUAUCAGACGCACAGAAGGUUCACAUGGAGAUCUCAGCACUAGGGAGCGAUAAACGAUUUAAAGUUGGGGAAGCGUACACCGUCGAAGGAUUAGGACUACCUGAGCAGUCGCUGGACUUUGAGCAACUUGCAGAAGAAUUCAAAUAUCUGAAGAAACUCCCGGUUCAAAGUUUCCAAUCAGCAACUCCAGGAAUAUUGAUUGGCAUUGACAAUGCCCAUCUACUAGCAACGCUAAAGCUACGGGAAGGACGAAUGCGAGAACCGAUCGCGACGAAAACUCGCAUUGGAUGGGCAGUCUAUGGUCGCCUUGGAGGAGAGCAGCAGCUCCAACAUCGACAAAUGCAUAUCUGCUCAAGGACCUCAUCAGACGACCUUCACGAAUAUGUUCGAAAGUUUUUCUCACUAGAGAGUCUUGGAAUAGCGGUAGCACCUAAUCAUGAAGGCCUCGAAGACCAGCGGGCGAGGCGAAUAUUGGAGAAAACUACUACUCGGACAGAUUGUGGUAAAUUUGAAACGGGUCUUUUGUGGAAAUCCAACUACGUCGAGUUACCCGACAGCUUACCCAUGGCGAAGAAACGUCUGAAAUGCUUGGAAAAACGGCUACAAAGAAAUCCUGGGCUGUAUGAAGACGUUCGCAGGAAAAUUGAGGAGUUUCAACUUAAGGGAUAUAUCCAUGAAGUUUCAAGAAAGGAACUAGAUACCUUCGACUUGCGGCGAACAUGGUACCUGCCCCUUGGAGUCGUGACGAAUCCCAAUAAACCUGGCAAGCUUCGCCUUAUCUGGGAUGCAGCUGCCAAAGCAGAUGGAGAAUCACUAAAUGAUCAUCUGCUUAAAGGACCGGACCUACUAACGCCGCUGCUAGCAGUUCUGUUCCAGUUUCGGGAGCGUGAAGUGGCGAUAUCAGCGGACAUCAUGGAAAUGUUCUUACAGAUUCUUAUCCGUCCCGCUGAUCGUAGUGCUCUUCUGUUUUUGUGGCGAGAUUCUGAGGACCAACCAAUAAAAACUAUGAUGACCAACGUAGCUAUCUUUGGCGCCACAUGUUCACCGACUCAAUCGCAGUUUGUUAAAAACCAAAAUGCAUGGGAAUUCCAGACGGACUUCCCAAGAGCAUCAGAGGCAAUAACGAAAAAACAUUAUGUCGAUGACUAUCUCGACAGCGUCGACACUAUCGAAGAAGCGGUACAGCUAGCCAAAGAUGUUGCAGAGGUACACAGAAAGGCAGACUUUUUCAUUCGGAACUGGACAUCUAACAAGGUACAAGUAAUCGAACAAAUCGGAGAAGUGCAUUCACCUACAACAAAACAGUUUUCAGUGGCGAAGGAUUGCAAAUUAGAGAAACUGUUGGGAAUGAUCUGGCUACCCGAGGAGGAUUGCUUUUCAUUCAGCGUGUGGUUACGGGAAGAUAUGCAGCAACUAUUGGAUGGCGAAGUUGUCCCUAGCAAACGUCAAUUGCUGAGCGUUGUAAUGAGCCUCUACGAUCCGCUUGGAUUAGUUUCUACCUUCAUCAUACGGGGCAAAGUUCUCAUUCAGGAAACAUGGCGAGAAAAUAUUGGAUGGGACGACAAAAUACCUUUUGAGGUAUUCUGCCGAUGGAAGCAAUGGCUGAAGGUCUUGAAAGAGAUGAACAACGUCAAAGUUAGUCGUUGUUAUUUUCCAGGAUACGAUAGGGCCAGUUACGAUUCCCUGCAGCUUCAUAUUUUUGUCGACGCUAGUGAAGAAUCUUAUGCUGCAGCUGCUUACUUUCGGAUUGUAGAUAAAGGGGAAGUUAGAUGUUCUCUAGUGGCAUCGAAAACUAAAGUUGCCCCACUGCAAUCCCUUUCAAUACCUCGAUUGGAACUUAUGGCUGCCCUGAUAGGAGCUCGGCUGAGAAAAACUAUCGAAGAGUAUCACUCAGUAAAAGUCACUCGCACCUACCUCUGGAGUGAUUCUACAACUGUCGUGGCGUGGAUACAAUCCGAUACACGACGCUAUCGGCAGUUUGUAGCGUUCCGAGUCAACGAAAUUUUGAGUUUAUCCUCGGUGACAGAAUGGAGAUGGAUCGGAACCAGACAAAACGUAGCAGAUGAAGCUACGAGAUGGGGAAACGGGCCUUCGACGAACCCCGAGAGCCGGUGGUAUCGAGGACCUGCAUUCCUAUAUGAACGAGAUGGUGACUGGAUGGAGGAACAGGUGAAGACUACUAAGGAAGAGAUGCGACCUGCCUUUGUCUGUCCACAUUUCAUAAUUAAACCAACGAUAAGCAUCGAACGCUUUUCCAAAUUUGAGCGCUUGAGGAGAUGUCUUGCAUAUGUGCUACGAUAUCUCAGUAAUCUACGCAAUGCUACUCGUGGCAGUCCUCGCAAAAUUGGAACGGAAUUGAGCCGGCAAGAGUUGCAAGAAGCGGAACAAUCGCUAUGGAUUCUGGUGCAAUCGGAAAGUUUUCCGGAUGAAGUAGCCGUGAUGAAGCACAACAAACAACUGGGAACAAAGAAGAAAGCAUUGGAGAAUUCCAGCAAGAUAGCAAAACUACCACCGAUGAUGGACGAACAAGGAGUACUACGUGUCGAUGGAAGGAUGGACGCUGCAGAAUAUUUACCCUUUGAUGCAAGAAAUCCAAUUAUACUUCCUCGUGAACACCAUGUUACGGUGCUUUUACUGGACUGGUAUCAUCGAAGGUAUCGACACGCUAACGACGAAACGGUGUUGAACGAGCUGCGUCAAAGGUUCUACGUGGCGAAGUUGCGGACAUGCCUGCGUAAGACAAAAAGUAGGUGUAUGUGGUGCAAAAUAUACAAAUCCGCACCGUUACCGCCAAAAAUGGCCCCUUUACCACGAGUAAGGUUGACACCACAUGUCCGUGCGUUUACUUUCAUUGGUAUCGAUUACUUUGGGCCCUAUCUGGUGAAAGUUGGACGAAGCGCAGUUAAGCGGUGGGGAGUUGUAUUUACAUGCUUGACGAUAAGAGCCGUACACAUAGAAGUCGCUAGAAGUUUAUCUGCCGACUCCUGCAAAAAGGCGAUUCGAAGGUUUAUUGCCAGACGUGGAGCGCCGCAAGAGAUUUAUUCCGAUAAUGGAACAAAUUUUGUGGGGGUUAGCCGAGAGUUGCGAAAUGAAAUACUCAACAUCAGUGAGGAGCUUGGCAGUACGUUCACAGACACCUACACCCAGUGGAGGUUCAACCCUCCCUCGGCCCCACAUAUGGGAGGCUGUUGGGAACGAAUGGUGAGGUCCAUCAAAGCAGCUCUAAGUACCAUACCAGCCGAUAGCAAACUCGACGAUGAAUCACUGGAAACAUUCUUCGCUGAGGCCGAAAUGAUGAUCAACUCUCGGCCGCUUACUUUCGUAUCCCUGCUAUCGGCAGACGAAGAGGCCAUCAGUCCAAAUCACUUUUUGUUACUUAGCUCUACCGGUGUGCAACAACCGGUAAAAGAACCUGUCAGUGAUGGUAAGUUUCUGCGAGAUAGCUGGACCUGUAUGCAGAAAACAUUGGACAAGUUUUGGCAGCGUUGGAUCACCGAGUAUCUUCCGAUGAUUACAAGGAGAACCAAAUGGUUUCAAAGUGUUCGUUCGAUCAGUGAGGGUGAGCUGGUGGUCAUAGCAGAUGAGAAGGUCAGGAAUUCAUGGAUGAGAGGUCGUGUAAUACGCACAUAUGCUGGCAAAGACGGGGUAGUGCGUCAAGCCGAUGUUUCUACAUCAGGGGGUGUGUUGAGAAGACCUGUUGCCAAAUUAGCAUUAUUGGAUAUAUUACCAGAGGAUGGUGGCUCCAAAGAGGAUGACGUGCUUGCAAAGCCAAGCGCGACAGAGGAUGGUGGCUUCAAAAAGGAUGACGUGCUCGUGAAACCAAGCGCGACAUGUGGGGGAGGUUGUAACGUGCAAGCCCCUCGUCUAAAGAGCCAAAAUGAUGGCCCAAAGAGUCCCAAUGAUGUCCAAGCGAAUGUCAGAAAAGAUAAGGGAGAUUAGGUUAAUGUCACAACAUUGCACACCAUUUGUAACCAAUAGAGCUUGGAACUAGAAGCAGGACUAGAUACUAUAUAAUUUGUCAAAACUAAUUAGCUGAAUUGGACAUCAUUUGAAAUAGUUAUUUGUAUCAUUAUUAUACAUAUUUGUUCGUCGCCGGAAUUGUUCGGACACUAAUUUGUAAGUUUUGCUAAAUUUGUAAAUUUAAAAUGAACAGAAACUUAUCAAUAAAAUUCUAGCUUGAGCUGUCCUGAAUUGCAAAACCGACUUUGCUUCAAGAUUGCCG